AAACUGUCCUAUACAAAGGAAGCAAUGGGCAGCUCCUGCACAGAUUGGUCAUGUGGUACUGGGACUCCAACUCCACCUCUGGAUGCUGAUGUUACCACACUGAGAGAUGCAGCUGCCAAUGUUCCUCCCCCACAUGAGAUCUCCAUUGAGACCCCUGAAGGUGGUACCAUCCUUGAGGCUGAUGAUGUAGACACCACUAUCAAUAAUGAGAUAAAGAAGCAGGAUGAGAAGCUAGUGAGACCUGUAACAGAGCAGAUGAUUGAGUUCACCAUUUUGAUUGUUGGUGAAAAGUACAGUGAGGAGCUGAAGGAUCCAGCUGCUGUGGAGUAUCAACUGCUGUCUGAACGAUUCAUUUCUCAGAUUAAAAGCGUAUUUGAAGGGCUACCUGGAUACAAAAACAUCCUUGUCCUGGAUUACAGCCCUUCUGAGGAAGACAGUGGGGUGGAAGUUCACUAUGCUGUUACCUUUGAUGGAAAAGCCAUCAGCAAUGCCACCUGGGAUUUGAUUAACCUUCAAUCCAACAAGGUGGAGGACAACUCCUUUAUGGGCAUAGAGGAUAAUCCAACAGUUGUGUACACCAUCAGUGAUUUCCGAGAUUAUAUUGCUGAAAAUCUCCAGAAAAAUGCCUUGCUUGAUAACAUUUCCUUGUCUUUGGACCCUAACUCUCUCCAGCUUACUAAUGUGAAAGAAAUACUCCACCCCACAUCAGAAGACUCAUCCUGGAUUACUGAGCAUCCAGUUGUGCUAGAGCGCCCAGAAUUUGAUGACAGCACCUUUUUAGCUGAACGUCCUUCAGCAGAUGAAUCAACAGUCAGCAAUGCCUUGCCUUUUGAUUACACCAAACCAGAUUCCACUUUAGAUAUUGAACAGUCCAGUGACAAUGAAAUCCAGCCAAGACCAGAAACCAUGGACUUUGAGGCUGGUUUGGCACCUGAAGCUCCACUUUUCUCAGAGGUUGACAUGACUUCUUUGCCUGAUGGGCUGAAUUUAGAGGAUGAGGAUCAUUUGGCCACUGCACCAGCAUUAGUGCAUGAUUCUGUGGACUCUCUGGAAUGGCUUUCAGCCCCCACUUCUUUAGAUGUGUUUGAAGAUACUGGACUAUCUGAAGACCUUUUGCCUUCAAGUCCUUCUCACCUUGUGCCUGAAGAAUCUCCAUCUACAGAUGAUUAUGCAGUUCCUCUGCUUUCUGCACCAACAGUGGCCUCUUCAUCAGUCAUAGAGGCUGAUAUUAAAGAAACAGUUUCUGCUGAGAAGGAAGAAGUAACUCAAGGUAGUCUUGAGGGCAGUGACAGUGCAGAAUCUGUGGAAGAAAUUCCUUUUCCCUUAGAAGUACCCCCUAUGGAAGACGAAACUGAUAUAAUUUUUGGAGAUAGAGUUAUAUAUGAUGAUGGGUCUGGUUCAGCUUUUGAUGGUUCAGGAAAAGAAAUGGAAUCAAGUAUUUGGCCUUGGGAAGAAGCAACACUGGAACCAGUUUUCUACCCUGGUCCUGAUAGCUGGCUUGAAGAUGACAAUGAGUCUUUGUUAAUCAAAACUGAGGAUAUUCCUGAAGGCAUGAUCUUAGACUAUAUUCUUAACUCUGGGAAUAAAUUAGAUUAUGAUCCUUCCAGAGAUGAGAAUGAAGGUAUGGUCAGUAUAAAAGAUUUCCUUGAUGAGUCUGAAAUAUUUGUCUUUCCAGAGACUACAAGUCCGCAAGUACCUCUGUUACAGACAGAAGAACCAUCAUCUGUGGAACCAUCUACACAGACAGAAACACUGGGCAUGUAUGAUUCUUCUUCCAUUAAACCAUCCUUGGUUUUGGAGCCUGCAGUGGAUCAUUCCUCUGUAGACAUGCCAACUGGAGAGGCCCCUGUCUCACCACAGUAUACAGAUCUGUCUGUGGAAGAUAGUCUCCUUACAUCUACAGGGACUGUUGGUAUGGAGCAACCUGAAGAGUCAAUUGUAGAUGAGAAUAUAAUUCCUGAAGCAGUUGAACACCAAGAUGAAGAUGGGACCAUAGUAGAAGAUCUAUUCACAGUGAAGCAGCUAGAUGCAUUGGAAGCUGCUACAAUAGGACACUUGGACAUAAGCUCUUCAGAAACUAUUCUGACUGUAGAGCCUUCUGUGGUAAAGCCUGAUGCUUCUGCAGAAGAGCAGGAAACCCUAGAUUCAUCAUUGGCAAGCCAAGAGACUGCUGAAUCAGCAGUAAAGAAACCAACUGAUGUUUGGCCUACUGACAGAGCACUUGAAACCUCUUUAGAUCAGACAGUGGAAGCAGCAAUGCCAGCUUCAACUCCUGUUUCCAUGAGCUUCAGCACUGUUAUGAGUUAUGAAACAGUGAGUGUAACAACAGGUGCCAUUGAGCUUCCAUCCCAUCUCCCCCCUCUGGGAUCCACGACAUCAUUGUCUGUGGCUACCUCAACAAAGCUGGAAGAUGAAAUGACAAGAGUCCCGGAUGUUUCAGUAGACCUGGAUCAUGUAAGCACUGUCCGCUUUUUUCCUGAGCAGACUGAGGAGGGAAGGAGAAUGACUGAAAGUCCCGUGGAGCUAACGACUCAUGUCCGGUCCACGGAGAUGGCCAGUGUGGCUUGGGCCACACAUGAAACUCACUAUAGUAGCACUGUCCCAUCCAGAGCUCUAGUUGUGUUUUUCAGUCUUCGGGUUACCAACAUGAUGUUUUCAGAGGACUUGUUUAAUAAGAACUCCCCUGAGUACAAAGCAUUGGAGCAGCGAUUCUUGGAACUGCUGGUGCCCUACCUUCAGUCAAAUCUGACAGGAUUCCAGAAUCUGGAAAUCCUGAACUUCAGAAAUGGCAGCAUUGUGGUGAACAGUCGAAUGAAAUUUGCCAAACCUGUGCCUCGGAAUGUCACCAACGCUGUGUACAUGAUCCUGGAAGACUUCUGCAACACUGCAUAUCACACCAUGAACCUGGCCAUUGAUAAAUACUCCUUGGAUGUGGAAUCUGGUGAUCAAGCAGAUCCCUGCAAAUUCCAGGCCUGCAAUGAAUUCUCUGAAUGCUUAGUAAAUCGCUGGAGUGGAGAAGCUGAGUGUGUCUGCAAUCCUGGCUACCUAAGCAUCGAUGGGCUGCCAUGCAACAGCAUUUGUGAUCUGCAGCCAAACUUUUGCCUGAAUGAUGGAAAGUGUGACAUAAGCCCUGGGCACGGAGCCAUCUGUAGGUGUCGUGUGGGAGAGAACUGGUGGUACAGAGGGGAACACUGUGAAGAAUAUGUGUCUGAGCCACUGGUUGUGGGUAUUGCAAUUGCUUCUGUGGCAGGAUUCCUUCUUGUGGCAUCUGCUGUCAUCUUCUUCUUGGCCAGGACCCUUCGAGACCAGUACACGAAGAGUGACACGGGGGAUUCACAGGGGCAGGGUGACAGCCUCUCGUCCAUUGAGAAUGCAGUUAAAUACAACCCCAUGUAUGAAAGUGAUACGACUGGCUACAGCCAUUAUUACCGGAGAUAUCCUCAGCUAACGUCCUACAGUUCUACCAGUGCAGAGACAUCCACAGACUACAGCAGUGAAGAGAUCAGGCACAUUUAUGAAAACAGUGAGCUUACUAAGGAGGAAAUUCAAGACAGAAUCCGAAUUAUAGAGCUCUACGCUAAAGACCGUCAAUUUGCAGAGUUUGUUAGGCAGCAUCAAAUGAAGCUGCUUUAAGGAAAAAAAGAAAUUGAUAGAAUGCACGUGGGAGAUAAAGACUACCUUGUUGCCACAGCAAUGGGCUCAGAUGUAACUGCGAAGUUACUUAUAGUCUCAACAUUGCAUGGAUGGAUACAGAUGUUUUCUAAAUGAAUGGCUAAAAUGUACAGAUGUCUGUUUAUCUCAAUUACUUCUGGCUUUUCUGUGUAAAGUGACAUUUUUAAGAGGUGAUCUUAAGUGGCAGAGGUUAUGAAAGUUCAUUUUUCUUUAACUCUGAAACGGACAGUGAAAGUUUGUAUACAAAUGCAAAAAAAAAAAUCUCCUCA